AUGUUGAAAUUCGCAUGCCUCAUCGCUUGUGUAGCGGUCACCGCUUCGGCCUAUCGCGUUCACGUUCCGCAGUUUGAAGAACACCACCCGGAGAAACAUCACAAAGUCGAACAGCACGAGGAAGAAGUGCACGAGGUUCCGCAUGAUUACUAUGCAAAGGCUAAGUACAAGUUCGAUUAUGGCGUUGAGGACCCACAUACCGGUGAUCACAAAACGCACUGGGAGGAACGGGAUGGUGAUGUCGUGAAAGGAGCUUACACUCUGUUCGAUUCCGACGGCAGCACCCGAAUUGUGGAGUACACGGCCGAUCCUAAGCACGGAUUCAACGCAGUCAUCAAGAAGGUCCAGCAUGAACCAUUGGUAAAACACGAAGCACCAGCGGUAAAACAGGAAGCACCAGCUAAGCACGAUCACCAGCAGCAGCAGGAAAUGAAACAUAUGUAUCACGGCCAUGAACAUAAGCAUCACGAGCAGGAAUCGAAACACUACUACCACGGGCACGAACAUGAACACAAUCACCAGGAAUAA